AUGUUAAUGAUGUCAUUUAUUCAAUUAUUUUCUUUGUUUACUUUCUUAAAUUCCAUAUUAAUAAUCAAUGGUCUUACUUCAGUUGAUAUUUAUAAUCCAUGUAAACGACAACCUGCUUUAGGUAUUGAAUCUGGUACUAUACCAAAUACGGCCUUUUUUGCUUCGUCGUUUGUCGAAGGUCGUGAACCGUAUACUGCUCGACUUAAUGCUCGUUUUGCUUGGAGACCUGCUUAUAUGGAAGCUGAUCAAUAUUUAUUUAUUGAUCUUGGUGCUCGAUAUUAUGUAACUGGUGUAUCAACACAAGGACGUCGUGCAGCUAAAGAAUAUGUUACAAUAUAUAAUAUAAUGUAUUCAGAUAAUGGUCAUAAUUGGUUUUAUUAUACAAAUGAAGAUAAAAUAAUUGUGAAUUUUAUUGGCAAUAAAAAUGAUAAUGGAAUCGUACGACAUAAUUUUUCUGAUCCUUUUAUUGCACGUUUUGUACGUUUUAAUCCAAGACAAUGGAAUAAUUUUAUAUCAAUGCGUGUUGAAAUUUAUGGAUGUCCAUUUACUACAUCAUCAUUUACAUUUGAUGGACAAACAAUUUCUUAUUAUGAUGCAAC